AUGAGUGGCAAAAGUCUCCUCACCCUCGAAGAAGGCUGGGAUCUAGAGAUUAAACCGAAAGCCAUUGAUGUGUUAUUGGAUAUUUUAGAUACAGGAUUUGAUCACAUCACGCUCUCGCCGUUCCCACCCAAUGCCUUCAUGCCAAUUUAUACAACGUGUUAUAAUCUCUGUACACAACGUUCACCUUAUAAUUAUUCCGAGCAACUUUAUGCACGUCAUGGAGAAACGUUUGAUACGUAUUUACAGACCAAAGUCUUGCCACGUUUAGAGACCAUUCACGAUGAAUUUUUGCUCCAGGAACUUGUGAAACGAUGGCGUAAUCAUCAACUAAUGAUGAAAUGGAUGACACGUUUUUUCAUGUAUUUAGAUCGAUAUUACGUCAAACAUCAUUCCUUACCGACGUUAGAUGAUGCGGGAUUACAGAGUUUUGAUCGUAUGGUGUUUCAAAAAGUCAAGAAACGUGUGCAGGACGCAAUGAUUCAAUUGAUUGAGAAAGAACGGAAUGGAGAAAUGAUUGAUACAAUGCUAAUGCGAAAUUGUAUUGAGAUUUUUGAAGUGAUGGGGAUGCAAUCCUUGGAUGUCUAUCAAACGUGUUUUGAACAAGAUCUUGUACGUACAAGUGCCAGGUACUAUGAACGUAAAUCCAAAGGAUGGUUAAGUGAAGAUUCGACACCCAUUUAUUUACAAAAAGUUGAGCAAGCACUGGAGAAUGAACGACAUCGUGUGGAGUUGUAUUUACAUAAAUCCACGGAACCAAAACUGGUGAAAGAACUGGAGAGUGUGUUACUUGAAACGGCACAAAAAGAACUAAUUGAACGAGAAAAUUCAGGUGUUAUUGCAUUGUUAAAGAAUGAUAAAUUGGAUGACUUGGCACGGAUGUAUCGUCUCUUUGCUCGUCUAAAGACGGGAUUAGAGCCGAUUGCAGACCUUGUGCAACAACAUAUUACGGCAGUGGGAAAUGAAAUUGUAGCGAAACGAGCGAAUGCAGUUGUCUCGGGCAAUGUCCGUGAUCCGAGCUCGGAUCCGACGUUUAUCAAGGAUAUUCUUGCAAUUCAUGAUAAAUUUCGAAGCAUUGUGAAUGAUCAAUUUGCGGGGAAUUCGCUUUUUCAAAAGGCUUUGAAGGAAGCGUUUGUCGAGUUUGUGAAUAAGGAUGUUGGCCCUGACAGUUCGGCCAAGUUAAUGAGUACGUUCUGUGAUCGUAUUCUAAAGACAGGCGGUGAGAAACUUAGUGAUGAACAGGUGGAAGACUACUUGGAGAAGGUGGUCUUUGUCUUCUCGUAUCUCACGGACAAAGAUUUGUUUGCUGAAAUUUACCGUAAUCAGCUGGCCAAGCGUUUGCUUAACCAGCGGUCUGCUUCGGCCGAUGCCGAAGUGCUUAUGAUCGGUAAAUUAAAGCUGCGCUGUGGUGCGCAAUUCACGGGUAAGAUGGAGGGUAUGAUGAACGAUCUGGCCAUUGGAAGUGACCACCACCAAGAAUUUGAAGGCUUUUUGAAGAAGCGACGUGAGAGUGAUCCAAACGAAGCUGCUUUGAGCCUUGAAUUCAGUGUCCAGGUGCUAACGACGGGCUACUGGCCGUCGUACCGUAUCCUAGAAGUCACCGUGCCGCCGCUAAUGGUCCGAUGCAUGAACCUUUUCAAGGUGUAUUAUGAUUCGAAAACAAGCCAUCGUCGACUGCAGUGGGUACACUCACUUGGUAAUGCAACGAUUCGUGCCAACUUUCCUAAGAAGAAAUGGUACGAUCUGCAGGUCACGACUCUGCAGGCUGUGGCACUGCUAUUGUUUAACGAAGGCGAGGGUGCAUUAUCGUUUGAGGCAGUGCGCGAGUCGUUGAAUCUGUCUGUAGAUGUCGUGAAGCGCAUUAUGCAUUCGUUGUCGUGUGGCAAGUACAAACUGCUGAUAAAGACGCCUGCUGGUAAGACUAUCUCAACGAGCGACCACUUUAUGGUGAACCGAAUGUUUACGUCGCCGAUGCGCAAGCUGCGUAUUCCUAUGGCUUCUCUCGAAGAAAGUCACAGUCAAAAAAAUGUCGAGGAAGACCGCAGUAUAGCCAUAGAAGCCGCGAUCGUGCGUAUUAUGAAGGCGCGUAAAACGCUUCAGCAUCAGCAGCUUAUUUCGGAGGUUCUGAGCCAAUUGGCGUUCUUCAAGCCGAAUCUGAAGGUUAUUAAGCGCCGAAUCGAGGCUCUCAUCGAUCGAGAAUACCUCGAGCGCGACCCCGAUCAAGCCAACACGUAUCGCUACCUCGCAUAA